GUUUAAACAACUUAUUGGCCAAAUGAAUAAAAAUAAAAAUACUCCCUUUAUCAAAAUUCUUACUCGCCGCUCGCAAUCCAGCAAGGCUUCAGCCUUUUCCAGAUAAAAGGUAAUUGGAAAGAAAUCCUUCAACCGUCGGCGAUGGAGCUCCUCCGCAGCAACCCAGCCAACCUCCGCGUCUCCUCCUUCAAAGUAGAAUCAUCGUCCAAGAAAAGCCCAGAUUGUGACAGUAAUUCUCGGUCGCAGGGCCUCCAAUUUCGCAAGUUGUCCAAGAAGGACCUCUCAAGAAUCUUGAGAACGGAGGCGGCCAUUAAAGCCAUCGAGAAAAAGGCCAAUUCUUCCAAGUACAAGAACCUCUGGCCUAAGGCUGUCUUGGAAGCUUUGAGUGAUGCAAUUAAGCAAAACCGUUGGGAGUCCGCUCUUAAGAUAUUCGAACUUCUAUGUCAACAACAUUGGUAUGAGCCAAGAUCUCAGACAUAUGCUAAGCUGCUAGUGAUGCUUGGCAAAUGCAAGCAGCCAAAUCAAGCUAGUAUGCUUUUUGAGGCCAUGCUCUGUGACGGCCUCCAACCUACAGUUGAUGUUUACACGGCACUUGUGGGUGCCUAUGCCUUCAAUGGCCUUCUUGACAAGGCAUUUAGUAUUGUCGAAGAUAUGAAGUCCGUCAACAAUUGCAAACCUGAUGCUUUUACGUACUCUAUCCUUAUUAAAUAUUGCAUUAAACAACAUCACUUUGAUAUGAUUGGGCUGAUUCUAGGGGAAAUGUCACAUUUAGAAAUUGAAUGUAGUACUGUGAUAUAUAACAUCCUAAUUGAUGGAUAUGGAAAAGCUAAGUGUUUUGAAUUAAUGGAGAACUCAUUGACUGACAUGAUUCGAAGUGGCAAAUGUUUUCCAGAUAUUUUUACUUUUAACUCUGUAGUUGGAGCUUACGGUGGAUGCAGAAGGAUUAAUGAAAUGGAGAAGUGGUUUGAUGAGUUUCAGCUUAUGGGAUUGAAGCCUGACAUAAUGACAUAUAAUAUUCUGAUCAGAUCGUAUGGGAAAUCUGGCUUGUACCAAAAAAUGGGAUCUGUUAUGGAGUUCAUGAAGAAGAGAUUCUUUUCUCCCACAAGUGUUACCUACAAUAUAGUAAUUGAGAUAUUUGGGAAGGCUGGAAAUAUUGAGAAGAUGGAUGAGAUGUUCCUGAAAAUGAAACACCAUGGUUUGAAGCCUAAUUCUAUUACUUACAGCUCUCUUGUCUCUGCAUAUAGUAAAGCAGGGCUCUUGGGCAAAGUUGAUUCAAUUUUUAGGCAAGUGGAGAAUUCAGACGUGAUACUUGAUACACCUUUUUUUAACUGUAUCAUCAAUGCUUAUGGCAAUGCCGGUGAUGUAGAAAGGAUGAUGGAGUUAUUAAUGGCAAUGGAGGGGUGUGGAUGUAAACCAGAUAAUGUAACCUUUGCCACAAUAAUUCAAGCCUGUCGUGCCCAAGGGAUGAUUGAUAUUGCCCAGAAUUUGGAGAGUAAUAUGACUCAUGCUAAAAUUACAUCAGGCAUCUUGUAAAAUCCUCCUGUUCUGCAGAAAUUUAUGCUUCUUGCUGCUGCUGCAUCAAUUCUUGAUUUUUCCUCAGUAUAUUAGUUGAUAUGUUAUCUACCAUUCUGCAUUUAGUAAUGCUCCAGCAUAAAUUUAAUUCCCCAUUUCUUGGUGGACCAUAAACCUUGACCUUGAUGGAUAAUUCGACCUGUGUGCUGACGGACUAAAGAAUGCUGAUUAUGAUAAGGUUUUAAUUAAUGUUCAGGAGGAAGUUGAUUGGAUGGAACGAGAGAAACCAUUACAGAGGAUGAUUAUCCUGUGAUCGUCGACUGAGAAGAAGUUCUUUACCUCCCUCACAUCUUUGUGUGGAUGAGAAUGUUUAUUUUUUGCAAGGUUAUCCAAGGGAGGGCCAUGCUUGAGUGGAAAUAAUAAUAACUAUGGAACUCUUAGCAAGAGAUGGAACAUUUUGGAGAUCUCUCUACUAUGAGCUCACAAUAAGACGGCAUAGCUCCAAAUGCCUGGUUGCUGAUGUGUGCAGCCGUUCUUCUUGUGCACUGUGGUCUCCUGCUAUUCAUGAUUCAGUUGUAGCUGGUGAAAGUUGUGGUCUAUUCUUAUCGAGGUAUUUUCUGCCAAAAGGCUUACAUGGGCCUGAAUGUAGCUGAUACUAUAUAUGUCAUUGAUCUUGAAAAAUUGGAUGAUGUGCAAGGAAGUCACAGAACAGUAAUAAGCUGUCGUUUGCUACAAUUACUCAAUACUCAAUUGCGUCCAGGAAGCUAGUUCAAGAAUGAACCAAGAUCAAAGGAUACAAGUUCAGUCAGCAAUUCGAGUGGCCGGUAGUUCGAUAUGAUUAAACCUGUGGAGCAGGAUUCUUGGUGAAAGAUUUUGAUUUCUUGUUGAGGAUAUAUACUAGAAAUCAGCAAAUGCAUCUCUGUACUGGUAGGACUUGAAAAGGUUUUCCUUGCACAUGGGUCUCAAUUCUCAUUGGUGUGGUGCACAAUAUGCAACGGCAGAGGAAUAUGAGUGCUUCUUUUACCUUGGUACAAUUCAAGCCAUCAUCAUUUACCAAACAAAACCCUAAUCCACAAACUCCCGUUUCUCCAGCUUGUGGGUAGGCUUUUCCAAAUACUUGUUUCUUUCCAAAAUGUUCUUUCUGAUUGAUUUCUUUUUUUUUCCCACUUUACUUGUAUCAUGUUGUAUGUUGCUGUGAAUUUUUAUUUUUUCAGUGAUGGCAAUGGGGAGUUGAUUGUCUUUUUCUGAUGACGUAAUGUUGUAACAUUUGUGGGCUCCGCAUUUUUCUUUUUUCUUUUUUGGAUUGAACUGAAUUUUCUCUAUGAAUAAAUUCUUGCUUUGAGCAGGCA